AUGCGGGCUCCUUCUUCGAAAUGCCGUCGGACGCUGAAGAUCUGGCGAAAGAAGAACGCAAACCCCGACGUGGAUAUCGGAACCUGGGAUAGUACAGCUCCAGCGACAUGGUCUUCGAACCCAACAGCCGGAAGCAUCAGUAUCGACGAAGCACCCACACCGUUUCCGAAUUCGUAUGGUACUUCUUCCUUCCUUUUCUCUCCUUCUCCUUCGUUGGAGACUCCAACAACGACUAGCACUCACCAGGCUUCCAUCUCACACGUGACGAAUACUUGCCGAGAUUGUCGAAUCACUGCUGCAACAACAACAUCAACGUCAGCUGGCACAUUGGUCAGUGACGAUGCCUCACGAAGGCAGCAACAACAACAACAGCACCGACCACAAGUGCCACUCGUUAUCGCGGUGGUAACGCUCAGUUGUCUGAUCCUGGUCAUCAGCCUGGUCCUAGGAUGGCUCAGGUGUAGACGUCGUCGUGGGAAGCUCCCACAAAAGCAAGAAGAGCUCGUAGAGCACGCCUGCCUGCAUCGCGCUAGCAACGUCGAUGACAGUAGCCAUGAUUCCGUGGCAGGCGUUGCACACGUGCAAGAGAAAAAGAACAACCUUGCUGCUCAGACACGCUCCACCUCAUCCAGUCCAGCAGGGCCAUCACUGCUGCCUGAUGCCAGUUCCAGUACGCGGAGACUUCUAUCCCCGUCAGACAUUGUUCUGCCUGAUCGACCUGGGAAGCGUGCGCGUGGGACUCGAGAUCCUUAUCCUAGUUUUUCAUCUGCAAACACGGAAGACUGCCAUCCCGCUUUCUUCAUUUUGCCUGACGACGUCGACGAUGAUGAUGAUGAUGAUGACGACGAUGACAGAGAUGCGAGAGACUUGCCGCCUACACCUCCGCCAAAGCAUCGGAUGAUACCGCCGAGAGCACCUCCAUCUUCGCCGACACUAUCGCCGCGACACGGGAGAUCUUCUGGCCGCGCAGAGCAACGUCCGAUUCCAGAAACUCCUCACGUUCGAGCAUUGCACGAACUACCAUCAGUCUCUUCGCGUUCUGAUCAAAUAGAGAGUCCGUAG